GCACAGUUCAUUAAAAUGUUUCACCUUCAUCUUAUGAAAGGUGAUCUGAUGAUGGCUCUCGUUAUGGAACCUAUUAGCAAGUGGACGCCCAAGCAAGUAGUGGAUUGGAUGAAAGGCCUCGAUGAUUGCCUCCAACAAUACAUAAAAAAUUUUGAGAGAGAAAAGAUCAAUGGUGAGCAGCUGCUACACAUCACUCAUCAAGAGCUUGAGGAACUGGGAGUCACUCGCAUUGGCCACCAAGAACUGAUAUUGGAAGCGGUUGAUCUGCUGUGUGCAUUGAAUUAUGGUUUGGAGACCGAAAACCUGAGAACUCUGUCUCACAAGCUGAAUGCUUCAGCCAAAAAUCUUCAGAACUUUAUAACGGGUAGAAGGAGGAGUGGCCAUUAUGAUGGCAGGGCCUCCAGACGACUGCCAAAUGAUUUUCUUACCUCUGUAGUUGACCUGAUUGGUGCUGCCAAGAACUUACUAGCCUGGCUGGACAGGUCUCCAUUUGUCAGUGUGACAGAAUACUCACUGUUGAAAAACAAUAUUGUUCAACUGUGCCUGGAACUAACAACCAUUGUGCAACAGGAUUGUACAGUCUAUGAAACAGAAAACAAAAUUCUUCAUGUGUGUAAAACCUUGUCUGGGAUUUGUGACCACAUCAUUUCGCUCUCAUCUGAUUCUCUGGUGUCACAGUCAGCACAUCUUGAGGUAGUUCAUCUCACCAGCAUUAUGCCCAGUGAGGGUUUGGGAAUGUAUAUCAAAUCAACAUAUGAUGGACUACAUGUAAUCACAGGAACAACUGAAAAUUCUCCUGCUGACCAGUGUAAGAAAAUCCAUGCUGGUGAUGAGGUGAUCCAGGUCAACCACCAAACUGUGGUUGGCUGGCAACUAAAGAACCUAGUAAAUGCAUUGUGGGAAGACCCAAAUGGAGUGAUUUUAACCUUGAAAAAGCGUCCUCAGAAUACUCUGGUUUCUGCUCCUGCCCUUCUGAAGAACGUGAGGUGGAAGCCUCUUGCACUUCAGCCUGUAAUUCCAACCAGUCCUACAAGUGGUUCUACGACACCAACAAGUACAAUGGGCGUAUCUUCAAAAAUGGAGAACUCUGCACUCCAGGAUGUUUUCAUUCUCUCUCCCAUGUCAGGACUUUAUGGCCCCAGGGAUGAAAUUGGAAUAAUGUCUUGUGAUGACAUCAGCAAAUUUGGAAAGUCUGGAAUGAAAGGUUCUGAGUCUCCAAGCUAUUUUCUGGAGCAUGAAAGUGGGAAAUAUUACACUUUAAUUGAAGGUGAAGGCCACCCCAUGGGCUCAGAGUACGAAAGAAGCAGAGCUACAGGAGUACGGAGAAGAGAAAAAACACCUACUCAUGGAGAUUUAAGGCCUGUUUCUAUGCCUACUGAAUAUAGUUGGAUAGGGGAGUCAAAAGAACAAAACAUGUUCAAGAGGGGAAGCAGAGACUCUGAGAAUUCACUCCUGCGGUAUCUGAGUGAUGACAAGAUACUGGUUAUCCAAGAAGAGCCUUUGACACAAAAAGACAACAAAAGGGACACAGGUCGUAGGUCAAGAAAAAAGGGCAAAAACACAAGCAGUCCAAACUACCCUAUUAGUCCACCUGUAUUGACGUCUACUAUUAAUGUUAGGCUCGAGCCUGGACAGCAAGAUGUCUUGAAUUUCUCACUAGCAGAAAACAAUACAGUUCCACUUUACCAUAGAGCAGGGGACACAGUCAGUGGAGAUACUGAAAGAUAUGUAAGUUCUGCCAUUGACCAUCAAGGAAGCACAUCCAUGAGGAAGUCAUUCCAUUACGCUUCCCUCAGGGUGAAAAGCAGAAAAUGGUCAAAAGGGAGCUCUCUAACAAGUGGGAGCAGAAGACGUAUUUCCUGCAAAGACCUGGGGCACGGAGAUUGUGAGGGCUGGCUAUGGAAGAAAAAGGAUGCCAAAGGUUAUUUCACACAGAAAUGGAAAAAGUACUGGUUUAUUUUGAAAGAUUCAUCCUUGUACUGGUAUACAAACCAGAAUGAUGAAAAAGCAGAAGGAUUCAUUAGUUUACCUGAGUUCAGGAUAGAUAGAGCAAUUGAAUGCAGACGAAAACAUGCCUUCAAAGCAUGCCACCCCAAAAUAAAGAGCUUCUACUUUGCAACAGACUGCCUUGAAGAAAUGAAUAGAUGGAUGAAUCGUUUGGGUCUCGCAGCAAUUGGUUACACACCUGAUGACAAGGAUAUUCAUCCAGAUGAAGCAGAUUACUGGAGUGAAAGCGACCAGGAUGACAUCGAUGGCUCUUUGACCCUGAAGCAGGAAGGCUCUUCAACACUGUGUGACACCUAUCAUCGAACACCCUCAGUGAAUUCCUCAAGUCCAUUCCCUGAAGCCAAACAUGGUCGACACUUUUCAAGUGAAUCGACAUAUUCUCAUUCUUCCGCUGAGGAUUCUCGACAAGACGCAGCAGGAAGCACGCACUCGUCGGGAUGCAGACCGCCCUACCGGGAAAGACGCUCGUGGCAGGAUCUGAUAGAGACUCCAUUAACCAGUUCAGGGCUCCAUUUUCUUCAGACUGUCCCUCCCGAUACUGAGUACACGACUGGCCGGCCUGGAAUGUCACCAGAAAAACGAAGACAAGCAACGCUACCAGUACAGAGACGUCAUAAUUAUGAGCAGGAUGGGCCUUUCCCUUUGGUGGAAUGUCAGAGGGGGCAUAGCUCUCACAGCAGGCCACAGAAGCAACGUAGUCAAAGUCUUCCCCGAAACAGAGAUGUCAGGGGUAAGGGACAUGUAAAGUACAUAGAAGAAACAGAUGAUAAACUAGAAGAUAAAGUUCCUAUUAGAAGGCAUAAUAGUUUCUGUGCAGAAGAAAAUGUAAAAGAAAUUGGAGAAAAUACAGAUGGUCUGCAAGAGCUAUACAAAUCUCUGGAACAAGCUAGUUUGUCAGCUUUUGGAGAGCAGCGUCCUUCCACCAAGCAGGAAUUCCGCAAGUCUUUUGUAAAGCGAUGUAAUGAUCCAGUUACCAAUGAAAAGCUUCAUCACAUCAGAGUUCUCAAGAGCACUUUAAAAGCGAAGGAAGGGGACCUCACAGUUAUCAACAGCCUUCUGGAUGAUCCCAACUUAACAUCAAAGAAGUUUAAAGAUUGGAAACUAAAAAACUAUGAGUUUUUCCUGGACAUUUGUGAGUACAGUGCUGCUGUGAAAUCUCAAAAUGGAGCCUCUGAACUUGCAACCUCAGCACCAACGCUGACACAUACACACUCAUUCAUUGAAACUCAUGUGUGACAGGACUCAUAUCCUGAAUAAAUAGCUGGGUGCCAUGAAAAAUCAAAUAAGACAAACACUGUAAUAUUUAUUGAUAAUGUACUCAGCGGUACUGUAAAUAAGUUGGAUAAGAGAAUAGUGCCACAGGAUGCCUAACUACAUUGCAUGGUAAGACAAUAAUAUUCUUUAUGAAUUUUUUUUGUUUGCUAUUAUCAACCAAUGUCCGUAUCAAGCUCUGCAUUAGAAAGAAGCAGUGCAGAAGUGUAACUGAAAAUAAAUACCAGUAUAUUUAAAGUACUGUACUAAAACUAAGCUUAUAGUAUGAGCUCCUACAAUCAUUUUAUAUAUUUAGAUAUAUGUAAAGACAUAUCUAUGUAUAUAAAAUGUAACAUGGUAGUUGACAUUUACUUUUAAAAUGCCCUAAAGUUCACAUUUUCACACUUUUUUUUCUUGAGAAAAAUAUAAAGUGAAAACAUAAAUACAUUGGCCGCUCUUAGAAAUGAACAUUUAUUUUUGCAACAUUUCCAGGUAGUGACCAUCUUUGCAAAUAACAGGACAGUUAUCAAAAUGUAAACUCAAUCCCUAUAGUGUGCCUUAAAAUGUACACUGUACAUCUAGCAAAUAGAUCCCAAUCUGGCCCUAUGGGCAUACUGUACAUGCCAUUUAGAUACUGUGUUUGUAACAUACUGUGCCUGCCUUUCAAAUGAAUGAAUAUAAGCAAGCAGGUAUGGCACAGAGGUUAAGAUAUGAGUAGAACAAUGCUGGUUGUUCACUAAUGCUGCAACUUAAACUGAUUUUAAUAUAAUUUGAAGUAUUUCAUGGUGAAAGAAAAACAUCUGCGCUGAAUAUGGUACAUACUGCAGGUUUUCAUAGUUUCUUCACUGUGAAUUUAAGUGACACAUGACUGUGAGUCACAAAAUUCAAAAAAAUCAUGCUUCAAGGAUGAGAAAUAAGUUUUAAAAAAAUCCUGAACUAACCGAUUCAAUUCUGUAAUAGGCUGACAUGUAGAGCGAGUAAAUUAUUCAAAAUUAUGUAAUGUCUGGCAAUAAUUUUUAACUUUAGUAGUACACUAGCAAGUGGGUGAAGUUAUUCAAUACAUCAUUCAAAAACCAAUCUGUAUUGAUUGGUUUGGGAAGACAUACAAGUCACAUAGUGUAUUUCACUUCCUUGCCUGAAUGAGAAUGAUUUCUAAGAAUGAGAUUUUGGAGAAAAUACUUGUAUUCCUGGGGCGGGGGGAAGAUUGCUCUGAAUGGUACUGAACAUAAAUUUCAAACAUCCAUUCACAACUUUCUUUGACUAUGCUUGCUAGAAUAUUUCUAAAAAGCAGGACAAAGAGGAUGUGAAUAGUUGAUGUCAUUUCACUUAAACACAGAUAUUCACUGACAAUUUUUUCACAGGAUGAACCCACUCACGUCUCGUACAUCAAGAACUGUAAAGUGCAUAUGAUUCAAUAUCAUGUAGGAAAAACUGUUAUCUCAAUAAGUACCUAGUAUCCAGGAAGAGAUUUAUUUAUUCACAAAGCCAGGAUUGGGUGAAGGUGUCCUGUUUAGUUCAGUCUCCACAAAGCAGCUGUGAUGGGCUGACCUUGGCCAGCCACCAGAUGCCCACUGAGAUGCACUCACUCCCCUUCCUCAACAGGACAGCGAGGUUGAGGCGUGGGCAGAAGUAUCACGGAAAAGCUCAUGGGCUGAGAUGAAGGCAGGGAGAUCACAUACCAAUGACUGUCACGGGUCAAACAGAUUUAACUUGGGGAAAAUUAAUUUAAAUUAUUGCCAAUUAAAAAUACCGUUGCAUUUUGUGAGAAACAAAGACAAAACUAAAACUACCCUUUCCCCAUGCCCCCCCCCUUCUUCCCAGGCUUGAUUUCAUUCCUUCAUUCCCAGCUUUUUAUACCUCCUUUCUCCCUCAGUGGCACAGCAAGAUGGGGAAUGGGUGUUGCAGUCAGAUCAUAGCAUUUUUUCUCUGCUGCUCCUUCCUCGCACUUCUUCCCCUGCUCCAGCAUGGGAUCUCUCCCAUGGGCUGCAGUUCUUCAAGAACUGCUCCAGUGUAGGUCUUUUCCAUGGGGUACAGUUUUUCAGGUUGCUUCAGCAUGGGUCCCCCAUGGGCUGCAGUUUCUGCUAGAAAACCUUGUGUGUGGUCUCCUCUACACAGGCUGCAAGUUCUGCCAGCAGCCUGCUCCUCUGUGGGCUCUCCAUGGGCUUCAGUUUCCUUCAGGAAUCACCACCUGCUGAGGCAUGGGGUCCUCCACGGGCUGCAGGAUGGAUACCUGCUCAGGCACAGUCCUUCAUGGGCUGCAGGAGGACAACCUGCUUCACCCUGGUCUUUUCCACAGGCUGCGGGGGAAUCUCUGCUCUGGUGCCUGGAGCACCUCCUCCCCCUCCUUCUUCACUGACACUGACGUAUACAAGGUUGUUUUUCUUACAUUUUUCUCACUCUCUCUCACAGCUGCUGUGCAGCAUUUUUACCCUUUCCUAAACAAGUUACACCAGAGAUGCCACCAGCCUGCCUGAUGGGCUCAGCUUUGGCCAGCAGUGGGUCUGUUUUGGAGCCAGCUGGAAUGGGCUGUGUCCAACAUGGGAGCAGCCUCUGGUCUUUUCUCGGAAAGGCCACCCCUGCAGCCCCUUGCUACCAAAACCUUGCCAUGUAAACCCAAUAGAACAGCUGAAGAAACACAAUUCAGAUUUGUUUUUUACUCUCAUUGGCACUGGCAUUUAUUUGAACCACAGUAUUAGCAGAGUAGUACUGAUAGCUGUUGGAAGCUCCUUGCAGCACAUAGGCAACUGAGUCUCAGCGUCAUUGAAACACACACGUAACAUUUGGAUGGAGCAUACAAUAUGAAGGCAUGUUUGGCCUGCUUCAGCCAAGACAUCAACUCUGUGCUUAAGCAUCCCUGAAGACAAUGGCUCCUUAAAUGCACACAUCAGAGCUUAACUGUAUUUCUGUUGAAGUAAAUGAAAAAAAAGUCCAGUAAAAAGCAAAAGACGUAGCAGUAAGAAGCAAAAGACUUCAGAGGAGCAGGAUCACACUGUAUAUAUUUUGCUUGAAUAUUAAACAUGUACUUCCCCCUCUGUCUAAGCACCUGAGGUAAUAAAAUAGACACAGUAAAUACGGCAUGGCAGCUUUCCACCAUAAGUUUCACCAACAUUGGAGUUGCAGUAUUCAUGCAAAACACAGAACAAAAUUGAAAUGUAUUUGCUAUGUGAACAUGGUAGUUACUUGACAGCUGAAUAGCAGAAACAUAAAUCAAGAGAAUUUGUCUAGCUGUUCAUAUAAGAUCUCCAAAAGUUAACAUUUCAAAUUUUUUUUAUACUAGCCUUCAUAUAAGGUGGGAGGAAAUAUUAUGCAGUGAAGCAAGCAAUGGGGUCAGCUACAGAAUCCAUUUAGAAAACAAUUCAUACUGUAUCUGCAAGCAGUGAUAGAUGGUCACAGAAUUAGUUACAUGGAUUGAAUUUUCCAUAUUCGUAAAGAAAUUUAAGCAUGAUUUUAAAAUAGCUUUCAAAGCAGGUUUCAAAUGCCACUGUACUGUAACUCAAGACAGAAAUUACAAUUGUCCACUGAGCAUAUUCCAUGUAUAUAGUCCCUAGAAAACAAUGAAACAAGCUAUUUCUCUUCUAAAAUGCUACUUACAGAUACAGCUGAAAAUGACAAACAUUAUUAGGAAGAUAUAUUUCUCAAAAAUAACACAAACAGUAAAGAAAACAGGCAAUCUGAAUUUUUAUUUCUGGAAGUUAAAGAAAAUAUAUUUCUCAAAUACGAGUAGAUGAGAUAAAAAGUUAAGAGAUCAUACAUUUCUCAGCUUAUCUUUAAAAUUUUUCAGUGUCAUAACUUCAUCUUUUCUGAAGUUUUUGGAGCCAUGAGUCUAUAUUCUGCUCUUGGAAAGCAGUUCUCAUCAAAUAUGAUUUGCACUGAAUAGUCAAGACAAAUUAACCAAGAGAUUCAUAAGGUAAACUGAGAUACACUGGAGAAAUUUCCUAUACUGGGGUUAAGAUUAACUGGGAGAAAAGUUUGAAAUAUUUGUCUAGUAUUGUUUAUACCUUAGAGCAAGCCAAAUUGCUAAAUUAAGCAGUACAAAGAUUUUCUUCUUUCACAAUGUCAGCUGGCAUUUGAAAGUAAUUUCACAAGAAUUUUGCCAUACUUUUUGCAUGUGCACUCAACUCCAUGCUGCAGUCCUUUCCUCCCCACCAGUAGUUUCUUCUUUCUGGAUCUAGGCACUAACCUAGCUAUACUAUAGAAAGUAAUGUGCAAAGUCACCAUAGCACAAUUACUUGGAAUUUCAUGAUUUUUGAAAUAACUGGAAUGCAAAGUGCAAUACAGAUACGGUAUUUAAAAAUCCAUGCACCAAAUCCUGCUUACGUACUGGAAUAUGUGAAAUUCUCCUUGACCAAAAGGUACACAAACAGACUGUACAGUGCAGCCGAAAUGAUUAUGGUAGUUUUGAUCCCAUAUUUUUAAAUAAGAAAAAAAAAAUCCUUUGCUGCUGAGUUCAUCAAAGGAAAUAAAUAGCACCAGUGUCAUACAUUUAUUAACUUACUAGAUUUCCUGCCUGUAUGUUUAGAUAAAACUUGUUUUUUAACAUACACAACAACAUGAAAACAUUGUUUGGAUGUGUUUUAUUCAUCUGUAUCUUUUUAAAGUUAGGGUCUUCAUUCAGGAUUCCUGCAGGUACAAUGGCCCUCAGCCAGCAGACUUUCUCUGUGACUCCACAAGCUUAGCCUUAUUGUUGCUGGCUAUUUUUUACUAUAACUGACUUAAUGCUCCCCCUAAGCUACUGAUUUCCCUCCUUUUUUAAUACUAUUCUGUAUUCAGUGAAAACUUGGAUCUUUGAAAGCUAUCUCAGUAGCUAUCUCAGCAGCACUUCCUGGGAAAAUUGAGACCGUUUCAUUAAUUUAAGUGAAAACUUUCCUGAGCUUUCUGUUGUUGAUGUGAACAAGAAUCAAAGGAGGAGGAAGUUCUCGCCAGUCUGUACGUCCGUGGCUCUUUAAUACAAAUAACACAGAAAUACUGGGCCCACAGCCUGUGACAGGAUUGCAUUUGUCCGGACAGUGAUCGGCCUGCGCUGGAUUGCACAGGGUGUCCGCCCUCCCUGACGAAGGAGGUUGCUUCACUUGGUUGGCAACCCCCCCACCCCACCCCGUGCUGUUCCAUCAACUUCUGAUACAGUUGUACUUUCUCAAAUACAUCAUAACCACUUCUUGGACUGCUUUAGCACCAUAAGGAAAGACUGAUCCAUCACUACUAAAAGAUUUUGGAGGAUGUGAUUCUCCAUUUUUUCCAAGCAGGGAAUUCUGAAUAUGUCAGUUGAUAUUCAAAUCUAGACUCCUGUCUCUUAAGCCAGAAAUGUGGUGCACCACUUGCUUCUUCCAAGGAAGAAGAAAUGAGUGUUACAGAGAAUUGCUAGAUGUACAUGGCCACUUAACUUCAUUCUUACUAUCUUCAGCAGUUAUAGCCUUCCAGGCCAAAAUACUCGCUGUAAAGUGGUUACUUUACAGAGGCAUUGGGAAGUGCUCAGCCUCAUCAAAAGUUGUUGAACUCUACUGCUGAGCUUUAGAAGGUUUCACUUGGAAUGUUAAUAGGACUUCUGGAAGAAAAUGAAGAAUCUGGUAAAAAUUGUUUAACUCAACAGAAAUCUGAGAAGAACAGAUUCUUGUAUCUCUUCUCUUUGUCUCAAGUAACACAAAUCAGACCUAAGACUAUCACAUACCUUAUUUGCUAUAUUCUUUCCUCCUGUAGUCUUAGGUGUCUUCCAAAGUACUAAAAGCAUUCUUUUCUGCAAAAAACUAGUGGUACUUCCGACCAAGGUGAUAUAUCAGAGGGCUGUUUACACCCGAUAAACCUUGGCUGUUGGCCCUUUGAGGUGGGACAGCUUUGCCAGGCAGAGCUGUUUUGGGGUAUUUCACCAACGGUUUGGACAAACUUCACGCAAUUGGGGCCACAGUGCUUCAAAGGUGGGUUGUUUAAAGCAAUCUUUGGCUAAGGCAAGGUGCUGCACAACCGAUCAACAAAACUUAAGCCCCGUCUGCAAUACCUGUCAGCUGCCCCCAAACGGUAAUACAAAGGAAGCCUACCUAUGUAUGAUUUUAUCUAUAGUUCAAACACUAAAUCUAUUAGCAUAAGCAAGUCCUGCAGAGAUUCCUUAAGCAAGAGAGCACAGGUCUGUUUAUAUUACUGCGCCUCAGCCCUGGAAAUAUCGUUUAUGUUACACCACAUAUCUGCAGUGUAAUGUUAGAGAAAUAAAUGGAGCUUGGUCUGAUAAAAUAUUUCUAAUUUCUUCUUAGUGAUCACAAUAGGGAAAUUGUGCAUUUUUGGGACAGAUGGAAGGGCGCAGGUAACAGCGGUGCCUUUUUGUGUGGAGUGUAGGUUUGUAGAUUUUCUGGGUAACAUAUACCUUACCUUAGACCACUGAGCUUAAAAAUCUCUCUAGAGACAACACGCCAUCUUCCCUGUUGCCAAAUUAUGUUUACUCACCACCACUACCAAAAACGGGUAAUAACAAGAAAGACUGAAGGAGCAAUAUUAGCUAACUAAUUUAUAUUGAGUAAUAAAAAGUUCUUUUUCUUCUAGAAUGUUUCCCUUAUUAAAGCUAAGGUUCAGAGCAGCAGUUUCAGGCAAGCCACCACGGGGCUCGGCUCCCCACCUCCUCCUGUCCCAGACAAAUUCACACUGUGAGGCUGAGGGUCUCAACAGCCGUUAAGUGGGCAUGCACCUGAAGGUCAGCUCUGAGCCAUAUCAGCUGAUGAAUGGAAAAUACGUUGCUAUUUAAUACAAAAUUAGGAAGUUAUAUUUUCUAGUUGAUUUUUAAAACUAUUUUCUUUACUCCCAUGACAAGUAAGCAUAACGCUGUACUUCUAAGCAGUUCCACUCACUAACGGGUAGGCAGGAGAUUCUAUUCUUGAUACCGGUAACAGUCGAAGAAGUGUUUUUUUAAAGCUUAGUUUCUAUGUUUUA